AUGGGUGUCCUAUGGAAUUUUGUCCUCACGAGUCUCCUGCUUACGAACGCUGUGUGUAUCCUCCAUGAAAAGCGUUUCCUGCGUCGUCAUGGAUGGCACAAGGUUGAUUCGUCCCAGGGUCUGACGAUGAAGAACCAGAUUGUGGGGUUUCUUAUUGCUGUGCAGUAUCUACGAUUUCCACUCAUGAUCAUUAAUACACUUAUGAUCCUAUUGGAGCUAAUCAUGGGCUAA